AUGCACCACUGCAGCUGCUAUGGCUCUGAGAGAAUCCAUCCAGAAAGAGGCGACGGCCGGCGAUGCCAACGCCGGUGCCGCCGCGUGCCUCCCGUGCUCCCGGCGAGCGACCUCCGCCGCGUCCGCCGUGUCUGCAAGGAGUGGCGCGACGUCAUCUCCGACCCUGCCUUCAUCGACGAGCACACGGUUCACGGACCGCGGGCCCUGACCCACACCGUCGUGUUCUUUCCCGGACGAAGCUGGAUCCAGAAGGCCGAAGGCUCGGACGGCGGCAGCGGGUUCCUCUUCGACGAGCAGUGGCGACUCACGGCCACGUUCACGGCAGACAGGUCGGAGGACAUGAUAGGCACUUGCAACGGACUGCUCUGCUUCCUCGACCGCGGCCAGGGCUCCAUCACCGUCGUGGAGCCCUUCACCGGUGAGUCGCUCGCACUUCCGUUGCCGCCGGAGACGCGGCGGAGGCACAAGGGCGACGCGUACUGCUUCGGCUUCGACCCCGGUUCGAGGCGAUACAAGAUCGUUCACAAGGGAUUCCAGGAUGGCCCCGCUGAGCAAGCAGUGCACGUGUGCACGGUCGGAGGCGGCGAGAGCUGGAGGAGCGUGCACGUCGCCGGCGGCGAGACCCACCGUGGCCCUGCGUGCGCCGACGGAGCGGUGUACUGGAUCGUGGCAGGGGAGGACCGGGAGACGAGGAUCGCGCGCCUCGACCUGGCGACGGAGGAGGUGACGUGUGACUCCAUGUGGAACCUGAUAACGCCGGCGCUGAGCACGACGUGA